AUGUUAGCCGAACUCAUCACUAGAGCUCAAAAGUAUCCUAACGUCGAGGAAUUCUCCAAUGCCUGCAAAAAUAUUCAAGUGGCAGAGCCGACUGGUAAAGGGAAUAGGCCAAGGAACGAAGAACCUCAGACACCUAGCAAAGGGCCAGAUGACCGCGCCCCCCGUGAUAGUCGUUCAAGAAGAAAACUAGAGGGUAAAUUCCAUUCAUACACCCCCCUCAACACAUCCACCGAGCAGAUUCUACUGGACAUCCGAGAGCAGAGGCUUCUGAAUUGGCCUGUUUCCGACUGUGUGGACCUCAAGGAUGAGAUUGAGGCCUUUAUUCGUAAAGGUCAUUUGCACCGGUACACCAAGGAAGAGAAAACAGCUCAAGAAGAAGAACGAGAUCAGCCGAAUAACACCCCAGAAGAGCUAGCCGAAAUUCGCACUAUCUUCGGUGGCUCGUCCGGUGGAGGAGAUUUGAACCAUGCUCGAAAAGCCUACUCUCAGAAGUCCGAUCUGGAGCACUACAUCCACAUGAUCGAGCGGCCAAGCAAGAAACUCCGAGUUACCCCAUGUAGUUUGACCUUCACGGAAGACGAUACGUGUAGAAUCCAGCAUCCGCACGACGAUGCCCUAGUGAUUAUUGUGACUAUAGCCAACUAUAAGAUUUACCACAUCCUAGUCGACAUCGUAAGCUCAGCCGAUGUGAUCUACUCCGAGGCUUUUGAAAGAAUCGAGAUUCCAAGGUCGUGCCUUAGACCUGUGAAGACCCCCCUGUACGGCUUUACCGGAAAAAGGGUAAUCUCUGAAGGAGUCAUUUCCCUCCCCGUGACCGCGGGAGAAGGACAACACCAAGCCACUCUUAUGGUAGAUUUUCUCGUUGUCAAUAUGCCAUCAGUGCAUAACGUCAUUUUAGACAGGCCUUCUCUCAAUGUAAUGAGGGCAGUCAUCUCCACCAAUCAUCUACUAAUGAAGUUUCCCACUAGGGGCGAAAGAGGUUACCUCCAAGGCGAUCAGCGCGAAGCACGGAGGUGUUACGCAAUAGCGGUAAAGAAGGGGUCUGUGAAGCAAGCACUCACCGUCAAUGUCCUAAAUCCCAAAGGACCUAUAGAUGACUCAUCUAUGGAAGACUUGGAGAAAGUCCCACUCGACGAGGCUGACCCAAACAGGCAAAAGACUACUUUCGUCACUGAUAAGGGACUCUACUGUUACCGGGUCAUGCCAUUUGGCCUGAAGAACGUUGGGGCCACAUAUCAAAUGCUGGUAAAUCAAAUGGUCGCCAAACAGAUCGGGCAUACGAUGGAAGUGUACAUCGACGACAUGCUUGUGAAGAGCAUCAAGGCGUCAGAUCACUUGACAGAUCUCGGAGAAAUGUCAUCCUCCGAGAAUACCAGAUGA